AUGGAUAAGGAGAAGCCACUCUUCAAGGUGCCGUUUGUCGCCGGUAAGGAGAGUAAAAGUACGGUGACUUCCUUUUCGUUUGCUGCGCCGGAGUCCUCCGCGAGUCAGCCGUCGCCGUCCUUUGGAUUUCCCACCUCCACUACGCCGAGUGAAGCGAGCCUAGGCGGCAGCACCACAUGCCCUGAAGUUACGGGAUCAUCAACGAAGCCGGCAAUUCCCUUCUCUUUUGGCGGAUCACAAGCGAACAACAGCAGCGCACCUACAGGAAUGGCUAGCAGUUUCUCUUUUCACACUUCAACUGCUCCUUCAAGUGCCAUGAAGAAGCCAGUGAGUGACUUUAGCGUAGGGUUUCUCCCCGCCAAGUCCUCGACCACCACCACGACAGAGGAGGCCCCAGUGAAGGAGCCAAUGGCGGUGACGGAGACGGCUCAGCCGAAGGCCCCAAUCUUCGGUGCCGGUUCGUUUAACUUUGGCUCCGCGGUGAACAGCUUCGUAGAGGCCCGCAAGAAGAUGCAGGAGGAGAACAAAGACCAAAAUCUAGGGGCUGACGACGACGACGACGCACCCAAGGACGGCGCUGACGGCACCGGCUUUGGGAGCGAAAUCGUGGAGCAGUCGGCGCGCGAAGUUUUGGCCACAGCGCCGUCAAAGCUCUUCUUGUUCGAGAAGGGAAAGGGUGACACGCCGGGCCGCUGGGUGGAGCACGGGAGCGGGGAGGCGAAGCUUGUGGCAGAGGAGAAGACAGAGUCUAGGGUUCAUGUUCACCGACUCCUGGUGCGCGGCGGCUACGCCCUCAACGCGACCGUCGGCAAGAACCUCUUUACGCUCUCCAAGGCAGAGGCAAGGCACCUCAUUGUAGCUGUCGCCACCAGCGAGGGCCCACACACGUACCUGCUCAAGUUCACCGGGCCCAACGCUGAGGCGAACACGACGAAGUUCUCCGAAGCAAUCAAGAAGAUUAUACAGGAGGAGACGGAGGCCGCUUGA